AUACCAAAAAAAAAAGUUGUUAAGAAGAAGAUAUUUUGAUAUCAAAAAAUGAUAAAGUAAACAAAAGUAGGACCCAUCCAUCGAAGAAGUAUAAAUAGCGUAUAUCGCAAAAAUAGAUCAUUACUCACACAAUUCGCGUUCACCUCAAAUCUCUAUUCUUCUUCUUCUUCUUCAUCUUCAAUUGUGAAUCCACCACCACAUGCAGAAAUCGUCGUCGCGGCGAUCUUCGGUGGACGACACUGUUCAAUUUUCAAUUCACAUUCAAUCAUCAUCAAUCAAAACCUAAUUUACCUUAUGAUAUUGUUCGAUAAACUCAGUUUCUCUUCUUUUCUUAGCCGCUUUAUUGCCGGCAUACUUCUUUUGAUUUUUUGUAAUUCUAAUCAAUUAGUUUCCAAUUUCCCAAUUCCUAUACACCCUUUUUAAUUCAUUCUUCCUAUUUCAAUCUUCAUUCAAUUCAUUCGAAUCAUUCCUCAUUCGUUUGUUCUCAAGUUUUUAGCUUUCAGUUACGAUUUCAUGGACCCUAAACUUUUUUUCUCAAACAAUUUCCUCGAUGGCACUAUUACCUCACUCAUUGAUAGCCAACAAAGGCCAGCUCCCUCAGUUCUAGUUAUUGGUGCCGGAAUAUCAGGGAUUGCUGCAGCACGUAUUCUCCACGAUGCAUCUUUUAAGGUCACUCUGUUGGAGUCACGGGAUAGGCUUGGCGGUCGCAUUCAUACCGACGACUCAUUUGGUUGUCCAGUUGACAUGGGAGCCUCAUGGUUACAUGGAGUUUGCAAUGAGAAUCCUCUGGCUCCUUUGAUACGUAGCCUGGGGCUCACACUAUAUCGUACCAGUGGUGAUGACUCUGUCUUAUACGACCAUGAUUUGGAAAGCUGUAUGCUUUUUGACAUUGAUGGCCAUCAAGUUCCACAGCAGACGGUCGUUGAAGUUGGAGAAACUUUCAAGAGAAUUCUGGAAGAGACUGGUAAAGUCAGGGAUGAGCAUCCUGAGGACAUUUCUGUUUCUGAAGCGAUUUCAAUUGUGCUAGAUAGGCAUCCACAACUAAGGCAACAAGGACUUGCCCAUGAAGUGCUGCAAUGGUAUAUAUGCAGAAUGGAAGCUUGGUUUGCUGCUGAUGCAGAUAUGAUUUCACUUCAAACCUGGGAUCAGGAACAUGUCCUCUCUGGUGGUCACGGACUCAUGGUGGAGGGAUAUAAACCUGUUAUAAACGCUCUUGCAAAAGAUAUUGAUAUACGCCUGAACCACAGGGUGGCCAAGAUAUCCAGUGGCUACAAUAAGGUAAUGGUUACCGUGGAGGAUGGCAGGAACUUUGUUGCCGAUGCUGCUAUCAUAACUGUUCCUAUUGGAGUCCUAAAAGCCAAUUUAAUUGAGUUUGAACCAAGACUUCCUGAUUGGAAAGUUACUGCAAUUUCAGAUCUUGGUGUAGGCAAUGAAAAUAAAAUUGCACUAAGAUUUGACAAAGUGUUUUGGCCUGAUGUAGAACUUUUGGGUGUUGUUGCUCCUACCUCUUAUGCAUGUGGCUAUUUUCUCAAUCUCCAUAAAGCAACAGGCCAUCCAGUUCUUGUUUAUAUGGCAGCUGGUAGGUUUGCUUAUGACCUUGAGAAGCUGUCUGAUGAGUCAGCUGCAAAUUUUGUAAUGUUACAGCUUAAGAAGAUGUUUCCUGAUGCUUGUGAGCCAGUUCAGUAUCUUGUUUCACAUUGGGGAACAGAUCCAAACUCUCUUGGUUGUUACUCUUAUGAUUUGGUUGGAAAAUCAAUGGAUGUGUAUGACAAGCUUCGCGCACCUUUGGGUAACCUAUUCUUUGGUGGUGAAGCUGUAAGCUUAGACAACCAAGGAUCUGUGCAUGGAGCUUACUCUGCUGGAGUUAUGGCUGCUGAAAACUGUCAGAAAUAUCUUUGGGAACAACAAGGCAAUUUAGAAAGCUUUUCUCGAGUUUCUGUUAGACAUGAAACACUAGGAACAAAUUUUCCUCUUCAGAUCUCAAGGAUUUGACUUGUUUUCAUUUAGUUUUGAAAAUGAAAUCUUUUUAUUUGAAUUUUGAAUUUGCUUAUCACAAUGGCAAGGGCAGAAUGUUGGCCAUUUGAAUAUACUAGUAAUAAUAAAUAACUAUUUUGAAUAGUCAUCUGUUUCUAAUUUUUGAGUGCUUUACAAUAGCA